AUGUCUGUAAAAAAAGGUUGGCAGUUUCAAUGUUCUAAUACGACUUGUUUACCAUUUGCUACUGUUCCUGCAUCACGUAUUCUCAAAUGCCAAACAACUUGUUUAGCUUACGAACACUAACCAACGACUACGACAUCAACAUCAACAUCAACAUCGACUACAACAACAAAAACUACAACAUCAACAACAACAACGUCGACCACAACGUCAAAAACAACAACAACAACAACGUCGACUACAAUAUCAAAAGCAACAACAGCGGCGGUAACGGCUGUUACUUGUAAUUGUUCUACUUAUGGUACAUGCGUAGGAUAUCGUGCUUCAUCAGGUUAUCAUAUCGCUUGUGGUAAUUAUGCUCAUGAUGGUAGUGGUUACAUGGCAUGUGUCUAUGAUGCUGACAAUGGUUACAUUAGUGGCAGUAGUAAUGAUUGUUCAUUGUGUUGCAGUCUUGGUAGUGGUACUUAUGGAGCUUAUGCUGGUCGUUGA